GUUCUUUUUGUAAUCACGUUCUUAGGCCGCCAUACACUGCAAACGCCGUAACCUCGGGUUCCUUACACAUCUCUGUUUCUAUCGUCAGUCCAGAGGUGUAUAACAGAUUUCUACUGCUAUCAGUCUCUUGCAGCAUUGAAUCUCAAACUUUGCGAUAUUGUCUCCUCUGCCUCAUCCACAAUGGCGCAGACCGCCACCGUCCGGGAGAUCACAAGUGAUGGUGAUUUCUCACAGCACACGAGCUCCCUCGCACCUAGCACACUCCUAGUUGUAUACUUCCAUGCACCAUGGGCUGCGCCGUGCACACAAAUGUCUGCUGUACUCAACGCGCUUGCCGGCACAUACACACUCGAAUCACCACCUCAAAUAUCCUUCCUCUCAAUAAACGCAGAAGACCUUCCAGAUAUCUCCGAGCAAUAUGAUGUGACGGCCGUGCCGUUCAUCGCACUACAGAAAGACGGAAAGACCUUGGAGACUAUCUCAGGUGGUGACGCGGCCAAAGUGCGAACAACGAUUGAGAAGUACGCCGGCAAGAGCGCGACUAAGAAUGAGCUCCCACCGGCACAGAGCGUGACAAGACCAGCCGAGGAGGCGAACGGCUCAGCGACUGGGAAUGUAGCGAAGAAUCUGUCUGCGUAUGCGCCGAGCGCGGACGACCCGAAGACGGCACCGGAAUACUCAAGCAACGAUGCGCCUAGCAAAGAGGAGCUCAAUGCUCGUCUGGAGGGUCUGGUAAAGGCCGCGCCGGUGAUGCUGUUCAUGAAGGGAACCCCAAGUGCGCCUCAAUGUGGGUUCAGCAGACAGACGGUGAGUUUACUUCGGGAGAAGGGCAUACGGUACGGCUUCUUCAACAUCUUGGCCGACGACGACGUGAGGCAGGGACUGAAGGAAUAUGGCGAUUGGCCAACAUACCCUCAGCUGUGGGUCGAUGGUGAACUUGUUGGCGGGCUGGAUAUUGUACGUGAGGAGUUUAGCAACGAUGAGGGCUUUUUGAAAGAUUAUGCCGUCAGCACACAGCGCAACACUGGUGGACCAGCAGCCCCUGAGGCUCAGACUCAGACUGCGUGAAGUCCCAGCGAAUGCAAAACGUGGAAGGGAGACAGUUGCUACGCCAGUGGUUGAUAGCAGCAACAAUAGCUCUCUUCUAUAAGUGAAUAUAGACAAGAUAUCCAAUGACUUUGCGACAUCACACAUCCGACACUCGGAACUGUAUCAACACCGUACAUGUUUGUCACCUCCUACUAUCAUUCAGGGAAU